AUGGCUGGCUCUGUCCACAAAUUCAACUCUGAACGCGACCAUGAAGGCGAUCAUUCUAGCGCGACCGACUCUGACGAGAUCCAACUGCAACAACUAGGUUACAAACAGCAACUACACCGCUCAUGGCAUAUUGUAGAGAGCUUCGCAGCUAGCUUCUGUGCUCUUAACUUCAUUGGAGGCGUACGAUCAUUCUUCUUUAUUGGCAUCCUUGCCGGAGGGCCAUUGGCGAUAUGGACGAAUUACCUCAUUACCAUCGUCUUCAUGUGGAUAACGGCCGCAGUCCUAGCGGAAAUUUGUUCUGCCCUGCCUCUGAGCGGUAGUAUCUAUAUAUGGGCUGCGGAAGCUGCAGGGCCCAAAUAUGCUCGAUUUGUCGCCUUUAUCGUAGCUUGGUGGGCUGCAACAGCAUGGAUGACCUUUGGUGCAUCUAAUUGCCAGACGACCGCGAACUAUCUUCUCUCCUUGCUUCCUGUCUGGGGCUACGACUUUCCGGGAGGCAUCUCAAAUGAUAACGUCAAAUGGCGUGCCCUGGUCUGGGCCGUUUCUGAAGGGCUAUUUAUUCUCGCUAUUAUUCUAAACUACCUCCCUCCCCGGAUUUACUCGGCUGUUUUCAAGUUUUCGAUGUGCCUGAUGAUCCUUGAUUUCCUACUUUGUAUUAUUUGGUUGCCGAUCGGAGUUAGCAAGACCUACGGCUUCAGGAGUGCACAUGAUGCUUUUUUGACGACUUUCAACGGCACUGGCGCUCCCCCUGCAUGGAAUUGGAUUCUCGGAUUCCUUUUCACAGCCGGCACGCUCACCGGCUUUGAUGCAUCUGGACACAUUGCUGAGGAGACUAAAAACGCAAGUGUUGUUGCCGCUCGCGGAAUUUUCUCCAGCGCUAUUGCGACGGGUACUUUUGGCUUUAUUACUACAAUCGUCUUUUUGUUCUGCACCCCCGAUAUCGAUACAUGGUUCAGCCUGUCUGCUCCCCAGCCAUUUGUGCUGAUUUACUCUAUGGCACUUGGACGAGGUGGUGCUACGUUCAUGACACUUCUCGCCGUCGUUGGCUUGAUUCUUAAUACAUCCAUCGCUGUGGUCGCCGCUUCUCGUCUCAUCUUUGCUAUUGCGCGAGACGGCGUACUUCCCCUUUCCGGAUGGAUCGGACAAGUCACCCCAGAUGGUCGUCCCCGCAAUGCGGUCACAGUUAUGUACAUAUUUGGCGCUUCGAUUCUCUGCGUCAUUCUCCCUUCAAGUGUCGCCUUUACCUCGCUCGUCAGUGCAGCUGGCAUCCCAACCAUCGCCGCUUACGGUCUGAUUGCACUUCUACGACUGACUAUGACCCCGAAUGGAUUCAAGAGUACCAAGUUCUCGCUUGGAAAGUUUGCCCGUCCAGCAUAUUUUGUUGCUUUUGUGUUCAACGGGAUCGUAUUCGCGAGUUACGUUUCACCCUUUAGUUUCCCGGUUACUGCGGAAACGUUCAAUUUCGCCGGCGUUAUAUUGGGCUCCGUCACAAUAUUCGGGAUACUCAGUUGGUACUUCACUCCUGAGGAGAAAUGGUUGCGGAAUUCCCAGGCACAACAGGUGUAUGAAGGUGCAGACGGUGGCGCUAGGCAUGCACCCCCAGCAUAUACUGAAGCGCUCAACGAUACUGCUCAAGGCAGCAGCUCAGCCAGAUAA